UUCCAUUACUACUUCGUUGUAGAGUUUGGUUUUGGUGUUCCUGUGGUAACAGUGGUCCUUGAAGGAGGAGAAGAUGCAUUGAAGGCUGUAAAAGAGUCUGUCAAGUAUGGUAUCCCUGCCGUGGUAGUAGAAGGAACUCGGAGAGCUGCAGACAUCUUAGCCUUUGCUCAUCAUAACUGUGAAUGCCAUAGUGGUUUUCGCCGUCUCAAAGAGGACCAACUACCUCGUUUGAUUGCAAAAAUCGAGGAAUUCUUUCCAAAGUACGCCAAAGACAAGAAACGCAUCCAGAAAAUUAUAGAUAUUGUGAACUGCUGUGUUUACGAUGAGCGUCUGAUUACUGUGUACGGGAUAGACGACAAAAACAACCUAGACCUUGACCUAGCCAUUCUCAGUGCAUUGUUGAAAGCUCAAGGUGCUUGUAAUGUAGACUCCGUAGAUAGCGACUGUGGCUGUAGAAUAGAUUCUCUGAGACAAGGAGGUAGUCAAAUGGAUCAACUGAAACUGGCUUUGACUUGGAACAGAGUUGACGUGGCUGAAGAAAAGAUAUUCACUCCAGAUAGUGAUUGGCCGAGUGGAAGCUUGGAUGAAGUCAUGCUGGAAGCUCUACAGUUAGAUCGUGUUGAUUUUGUGCGGCUCUUUCUUGCUAAUGGAGUCAGUAUGAGGGAUUUCCUAACGUUACCGCUACUGAGAAAGCUUUACAAUUCGGCGGACCCUGGAAGUCAUCUCUAUUCUCUUCUUUCCAACGUUGCUGGUGUUUCUGAUUCGCCGUAUUCCUUAAAGGAUAUCGGUGUCCUCAUCGAAGAACUGAUUGGUGCCUAUUAUGAGCCGCUGUACCUGGUUGACACACCUCACGCCAACGCCCUUGCUGCUAGAGUCGCAAGGCUGUUUGGAGCAGCGCCUGAUCUGGCCAAGCACGAAAGUGGAGAGUUUCCAUCAGUGAAAUUUCAGCCUUCGGACGCGAAUUGUCGUGUGCAAGUGGCGCACAAUGCGACCCGGUUUGAGAAGCCUUUCAGAGAACUGUUCCUGUGGGCGGUGUUAAUGAACCGCUAUGAACUAGCGCGGUUCAUGUGGGAGAAGGGAGAGGAGGCAGUGUCUGAUGCCUUGGCGGCGUGCAGAUUGUUUCAAGCCAUGCAUGAUCAAGUUGAAGACGAUUAUUUUGAGAUUAAGACAGCAUUAAAACAACAUGCAGUUGAAUUUGAAAACCUAGCCAUUGGAGUUCUUGAUGAAUGUUAUGACGAGGACGAGGUGUUAGCAGAGAUGUUAGUUGAGAGGGAGAUACCCAAGUGGGGUGGAAUGUGUGCCCUUAAUCUGGCCGCUGCAGCGCAUGGUGAGAAGUUUUUAGCGCAUCCAUGCUGUCAGUCAAGCUUGAACAGCAUUUGGAAGUCACGUGGUAUGCCUGGAGUCCCGUACUGGAAGAUAAUACUUGCGCUUAUUUGUCCUCUUAUGAUUCACAAAAUUGUAUUCUACGACGAAGAAAAUCACAAGUGGUCGGUACCUCUAUGGAAAAAGCUCGUGAUUUUCUACAAUGCUCCAAUCUCAAAGUUCUGGGCUCAUCUGGGGAUGCACUUGUGCUUUUUAGGGUUGUACGCUUUUGUAAUUUUGUUUUCGUUCCUUAAACCGUGGCCCUCUGUCUAUGAAAUCUUGCUGAUGUGUUGGAUAGGUGUCAUCAUAAUGGACGAAAUCAGACAAGUCAUUUGCCAAGAGACAACUACCUUGAAAAGCAAGUUGGAGCUGUAUUUCCACACUUCUGUCAACAUAGUCGACUCUUUCGCUAACGCCAUCGCCCUGAUUGGUUUUGUCCUGCGGUUUUUUGAGGUCACGUGGGAGGCCGCUCGCGUUCUGUACUGUAUCAAUUUCGUCAUUUUCUCCUUCAGACUUUUCAGAGUUUAUUUCGUCAGUGGCUACUUAGGGCCAAAGAUUAUAAUGAUAAAAAGAAUGCUUGCAGAUGUAAUGAUGUGGCUUUGUCUGCUACUGGUGUUCGUGUGUAGUUACGGCGUGUUUCGACAGGCCUUAUUCUUCGCCAACAAAGAGCCGUACUGGGGUGUGAUCAACGAUCUCUUCUACAAGCCAUAUUGGCACGUGUAUGGAGAACUGUUUGUAGAGCAAGAAGCGGAAGAGGGUAAACUCUCGACAGGCGAAAUUCCUCUACACGAUGGAAACCUUUUAAAAUGGAUUCACCGAAUAUUUAUGGGUGGCUAUUUACUCAUCACUAAUGUACUCCUUAUCAAUCUUCUGAUCGCCAUCUUCAGUAACGUGUUUAACGAGGUUGAAGUAAACUCUUAUCAGAUCUGGAAAUACCAGUACUACUAUCUAGUAAUGGAGUACAACAAACAACCGCCACUCGCUCCGCCUUUCGCCAUCAUUUAUCAUCUGGUCGAGUUUGUGCGAUGGCUUCGAAAGAAGUGUUGGAAACCCAAUAAAGUUACUCCUAAGUUCACUGCAGAAGACCUAGAACUGUUGAGACUUUUUGAAAUAGAGAGCGCUUCUAACUAUCGACAGAAAGUGGAGGAACAAAAGAGGACUGGUACCGAGGAGAGGAUAAGGAAGACCAAUGAAAGGGUGGAGGAUUUGGUGAACAAAGUCACGGAGUUGCAACAAACCCUUCAACAUUUUGUCACAAAUAGCAAUGGAGAGUCACAGUAGAGGGAGGAUCUUAAUCCAGUCGUCUUUCUGAAGAUGCACACGAGCCCAGACUUCGCCGGUCUCUAUGGUUAGCGACAGAGA